GUCUGCUGACUCCGUGAGAGCUUUACUGGCAUGCGUCAUCAAAUACAAUAAGCCGAUGAUGACCGUCCUAUGAGUAAUAAUAAAGCGGAUGAAAUGCCGAAAUCAUUGGACCACGUUAGAUCGUACGACCAACUUGUUUCCUGCAUGUUAGCCCUUCCAUAGUCCCUGCUCGCCCGUUGCGGAAUGCGAUACGGACUGCGAAAUCUCGGGAGUUAAUCCAGGGAUGAAACGACGAGUUGGUAGGGAGAAGCGUCAGUCCGAAUCUGAAACCGAGGCGCCAAGAGCUUACACAAAAGGGAUGUGUCAUGUUGAUGUCGUAAGUGAAGAUAGUACGGAUCCGCCGGAAUACAUUUGACUGGCUGUUUUUUUCGACAGCCAUGUCAGAUUCACUUGCUCCUCCUCCUCUCAACAGAAACCGCGCUUCCUCCACUACCCUCCGUCCUGCUCUUACUAUUCGCUCCUUGGGUCGUCGUCGCUCAGGAUCAUUACUACAGCCCCAGCUAUCCCCCUGCGGCUCGCCUAUCUCUGACCCAGCUCCAGAGCCAGUCCCAGAGCCAGAGGAGCCCGUGCAGCAGACAGAACAGUCAUCUAAUAUGCUGGCUGUAAUCGCGUCGCGUAUCCUCCAGUCGGUCCAUGCUCCAACCCACAAGAUGUCCUGGUCGACGCCCUCGACGCCCAAGUCUGUCUCUGAAGAUGACUACAUUCUACCGCUGUCGGCUUCAGCUCACAAGACUUCCUUUGGCGAUGUGCUUAACGAGAAAUCAUCAUCACCAGCCUCGCCACUGCCGUACAAUUGGCUUCAGCGUCUGCCACCGGUGCAAUUCCCCAUCAUCCUUGUCAUCUCUCUAUUCCCGAUAUCAACAGGGCUCGUCUUCCUUGCCCUGAGGACCCUGCCUAUAUCCUUUUCAUGGCCACAAAAUCUCGCAGAUCUUGCAGAGUUGGGGCGCGACCUCCAUGGCUAUUCGCAGAGUGGCCCAGCACAGCUCGCCCAUGUCAUCGGUAUCCUUGCCAUUACUGCGGUAUGGAAGCACGCUUGGUCAAUCCCAGGUAGCGUUAUCUGGAAUGUCCUUGCGGGCGCCUUGUUUUCGCCUGCAUAUGCGACCCUUCUUCUCACCCUUCUGACUACGAUUGGAUCCACAUGCGCUACACUGCUCUCCAAGCCGCUUGCCCCCUUCCUGACCCACUUUUUUCCCAAAAGCUCUGGAUCUGACGCGCAGACGUCACCCUGGAUCCGUUUAUCCAUUCUACGGCUAAUUGGAGUCGUCCCCUGGUCCGGGAUUAACAUAGCCUGUGGAGUCUGUGGAGUCUCAAUCGCAGAUUGCGUUCUUGGUGCAUUCAUUGGUUCUCUUCCGUGGACGGCUGUAACCUGCCAGAUAGGAGAUAUCUUGCAGACCGUCGCCUCCGCCCCUUCUCCCACGCCUCAAACCGUAUCGUCUCUCCUUCUAUCCCCACAGAUCAUCGUCAAACUAGUAUUCCUCUCUUUUCUCUCACUAGCACCGAUACUGGGCCGCGAGCACCUACGGGCAUGGUUGAGUUCCGACGAAGAGCUCGGCUCCGCGGAAUCUGAGCGAGUUUCGAGAUGGACCUGGGUACAAGAAUGGAGAGACAAGAUCAGGAUUCCUUCUCGGUCUCGAACGCGUGAGCGGCAGGAGCGGUUCGCGAAUCUGGCUGUUCUCGUGCAGGAGAAGCGCGCGAUGGAAGAUGUACUCCCAUCAUGAUACCGACCCUGACGGGGGCUUCGGAUUCGUUUUCCCUUGUGCAUAAUUCCUUCGCUACGCAUUCGACACUGACACACAUCAUUGCAUACUAGACCCCCCCCCCCCCCAUUCAUUUCACUUCGCUUUCACACACGCACAUCCCCAUAUUAUCUACGAUCAUCCGCUAAUAAUGCCCUUUUUAUGACUUGGAUUAACGAUUCAGUUGAUAUGAUAUUUAUCCUUGCCUUCCAUUAUACCUAUCAUCCUGUAUUCUUGCAUUUGCUUGUCGAUGAAUUUACGUUGGCCAUUCAAACAGAAGCUUCGGAU